AUGGUCCAGGCGCAGCUGCAGGGGCCACAGUCUCGGGGCCGGGGCAAAUGCCAGACCAUCGUAGGAGCGGGAGUCCUAUACCUGCUGCUGCUCUCCACCUGCCUGGGACAAGACUCAGAAGCAGAUUGGCAAUAUGAGGAAUGCAAACUGGCUCGAUCCGGACCUCCAGCUACAAUUGUUGCCAUAGACGAGGAGAGUCCCAAUGGCAAGUUGUACUGUGGAGAAUCGGGACUUGGCCAUUCAGAGUGGGUUGGAGAAAUAGCCAACUUUAUAUCAUCUCUGAGCACGAGGUUGAAACAAGAUGGCGAGCCUUCCCUGGACCUUCUGAACUACAUCCAUCUGAGAGUUAACACCCUCUGUUGGACUGAACUCAUACUCCUUCUGAACUGGUAG